UUACUUCUAAGUUCUCACCGACCACUGCACCACAAGUACACACCCGCAAUGCACCGUAACAUCUUCCCACUCCCUUUCUCUUAACCAAGACACUUCGUCAUUACUUGAUCAUUCGUUUCUCUCACAGUUUCCAAGGCAAAGGAAAAAAGAGAUACAAGAAAUUGUUAGUUAGUUAGAGAGAAACCUGUUUUCCGAUGAAGUUGAUCGGUGUUGACAACGCCGCUUCCUCCACCGUCGACGGUGGACGGAAAGUGCUGGUCGGGGUGAAAUUGGAUACUCGGAGCCGGCAAUUGCUGACGUGGGCGCUCGUUAAGGUGGCGGAGCCCGGCGACCACGUCAUUGCACUCCACGUGCUCGACACCAUCACUGAAGGCACGUCAACGCUGCUAUCUCUCGUGAAGACCUUCAAUUCCGUUCUCGCUGCAUACGAAGGUUUCUGCAAUUUAAAGCAGAUUGAUUUGAAACUGAAAGUGUGUAGAGGCUCUUCAACGAAGAAGGUUCUGGUGCAGGAAGCGACGUCGUUUGGUGUGGAGACUGUGAUUCUCGGAACUUCGGCGACGCAGCAUACAAUCCGGUCGUCGGUGUCGGUUGCUAAGUACUGCGCAAAGAAAUUGCCAAAGUGUGUCUCUGUUUUCGCUAUUGAUAAGAAUUGCAAAAUUGCGUUCAGCAGAGAAGCUUCUAGAGCACACUCUGAUCAAGAGAAAUUACAUGAAGAUCCAUUAUUGUUGCUAAAAUCGUUGGUGGCUUAUGGUUCGAACUUGAAGAGUUGUGAGAGUUGUGCAGCGGUUUUGGCACCACAAGAGGGUUCUGAAACCAAUGAACUGAUGCAAGGUUUGCCAGAGGAUCCUGAAAAAGACAAUUCUAUGGCUUUAGUACCGAUUCAGAAAGUUGAUGAUGCUCCUUCUCCUUGUUAUUCAAUUGUGGUGAGGGGUUCAAAUCAGUCGAAACCUGGUUGGUCGUUUCUUCGCCACGUGUUCCACCCCCGAAAGCAUACCUCUAAGUCAUCACUGAAAAGCUCAAUUGUUUUCCAGCGCCCUUUGCGGCAUCCCAGUUGGCAUUUUUCAGCUGUAGUCCACCCAGAUCAGAAACAGGCAAGUACUACUGAGAACAAUGAUCAGUCCAGUUAUGCCCUGGAUGGAGAGAGUGGUGCCAUUGUGCCAUUUGGAUCUUCUGCCACCUUUCCUAUUCCCUCCCUUUGUGGUGACUUGAGUAGUGUUUCUUUAGAAUUGUUGGAGGGCUUACGAGAGAAGUACUUGUCUUCGUGUAUAUCGUAUAGUUUGCAGCAACUUGCAUCUGCAACAACUAGCUUUUCACCUGAAAAUUUGGUCGGCAGAGGUGGAAGUAGUUAUGUAUACAGAGGACAUCUUCCAGAUGGCAAGGAAUUGGCCGUGAAGAUUUUGAAACCAUCUGUAGAUGUGGUGAAGGAGUUUGUUCAGGAAAUUGAGAUACUUACAACUUUGGAUCACAAGAAUAUAAUAUCUCUAUCUGGAUUUUGUUUCGAGGGAAAUCAUCUACUAUUGGUUUAUAAUUUUUUAUCAAGGGGAAGCCUAGAAGAAAACCUUCAUGGCAAUAAGAAAGACUCUGAUGCAUUUGGUUGGAAAGAGAGGUUUAAGGUGGCUGUGGGUGUGGCUGAGGCAUUGGACUAUCUGCACAACGGCUGUCCGCAGGCUGUGAUCCAUAGGGAUGUAAAAUCUUCAAAUAUCCUCCUUUCAGAUGAUUUUGAGCCGCAGCUCUCAGAUUUUGGACUGGCUAGUUGGGGAACUUCUUCUUCCCAUGUUGCUUCUACUGAUGUGGCUGGAACUUUUGGAUACCUUGCACCUGAAUAUUUUAUGCAUGGUAGAGUGACGGACAAAAUUGAUGUAUAUGCAUUUGGCGUUGUACUCCUUGAGCUUCUCUCGAAUAAGAAGCCUAUUGACAAUGAAUGUCCAAAGGGCCAGGAGAGCCUUGUUAUGUGGGCUACACGAAUUCUGAAAGAUGGGAAAUUAUCCCAUUUGCUUGAUCGAAACCUAGGCUGUGAAUAUGACCAUUGCCAGAUCAACAGAAUGGUUUUGGCUGCUACUCUCUGCAUCAGACGAGCAUCUAGAUUGCGACCACAAAUCAGUCUUAUAUUGAAACUUCUGCAAGGUGAUGAAGAAGUGACGAAGUGGGCAGAACAAGAAGUUAACACACCAGUGGAUCCUGAUGGACUUUAUGAGGAAUCGGUUCCAACCAAUAUUCAGUCCCACCUUAACCUUGCUUUAUUGGAUGUGGAGGAUGAUGCAGUUUCUAUCAGUAGCACCGAGCCGACUGUCUCAUUGGAGGAUUAUUUACAGGGAAGAUGGAGUCGCUCCUCAAGUUUCAACUAGCCAGUUCUUAACGGUACUCAUCUUUGAAGCAAAAUGUUUCACUAUAUACGUAUUUUGUUUCCCUAGGUUAGAUUAUCAAAACCCUUUGCUUUGAUCGUGCAAAUGGAGUCUUGGAAGAGAGGCGCAAUAGUCUAGCCCCCUCCUUGAUUUUGUACUUACAUAUUUGUUCAUAGUUCAAUGGAAAGGUUUUAAUGAGUGCUUGUUGCCAAAAUUGUCUAGAUUUGAGAAAAGCAUAAGUGUAUAGUCCAUGCUGAUAGUGGCCUCAUGCUUCUUGGUUGAAUGGUGCCACGUCUAAGGUCCACCUAGGAUGUUGUGACCAUCGUGUGCUUUUUCCCUUUUCUAAGGUUUGAAAAAGCGGAAUGGUGAAAUUGUAUUCCUUUUUUUAAUGUGUAAAUUUCAUUGUAUUUAUAGAUAUAGAUUCUAUUAUUACAAUGUGUCCAAACCUUAAUCGCCCCCGCUGUUGAACUUGUUGAGGAAAUGCUACUCAACUGAAUAAACGGUAUAUGGACAUUUGGACAAAGGAGAAGUUUAAACCUGA